AAAAAUGUAACACACCAGCAGUGUGAGGAGACCUGAAAGUGGCACAUGGCAGAGUGUGGCGAUGGAGACAGCAGCAAUGGGAGGCCGUACAGGGACCCAUGAGAGACUCUGGACCUGGCAGCAGCCUGAGGAGGCGGUAUACAGGGGGCCCAUGGCAGAUUACGGGCCUGGCAGCAGCAAUGGGGAGGCCCGUAAUCUGCCAGCACCCUAUGACAAAAAAUGUAACACACCAGCAGUGUGAGGAGACCUGAAAGUGGCACAUGGCAGAGUGUGGCGAUGGAGACAGCAGCAAUGGGAGGCCGUAAUACAGGGACCCAUGAGAGACUCUGGACCUGGCAGCAGCAUGA